UUCACACCAAUUUAAUUAUAUAUGUAAUAGUUACUCUUUUAAAUUAUUUAAUAUAUAUUUAUUAUUUUAUAAUAUGUAACAAUAUAUAAUACAUAAAAUAAUAUAUAUAUAUAUAAUGUUUAUUCCGCGCAAGGCGCAAAUCUUAAUCUAGUAUAUUAUUAUUUAUUAGUUUUUGGUCUUACAAUAAAUUAGUCUAAUAAUACAAUGUCAGUUAAAUACACUAUAUUUUCUCAUAUACUUAACGUGAAAAUAUAACCAACCAAAUCGUAUUUACGUAAUUAGAUUCAACAUCUUUUCAAACUAAUACAAAAUCUUUGUUAACCCACAUUAAUUAUUUCUUAUGAUUAAAUGUUGUCUUUGUCAAUGCCAAACCAUUCCAUGCACGAGUUAAAAAAAAACACAAUGUAUUUUUGACAAUUCAAUCAUCGUAACGGCUAACUUUGCUUCUCUCCGAUGAUCAAACUAGAAAAAUGUUAAAUGUAUUAUGUUGUGGAUUGUUGUAAAGUUUUUUUUUUUACAAGUUUCACGUGAUUGAUAUUUCAUGUUUUGUGAGAUCGAUGAUCUAUCAUCAUAGAAGGCCAAAACAUAUACCCUUUGUUGAACCAUCUCUGCUUCACCCUUUGCUGAACCACUCUCCUCUUUCCUCCUUGCGCACUGAGUCUCUGGAUCUGGUCGUUUCUCCAUCAGAUAAUAGGUUUUCAAAGGCAUCUUUGGUUACUUCCAGAGCACCAGCGAGGCGAGAGGAAUCUGGGUCACCAUCGGAAUCGGGCAUUGGGUCUCUUGUUAGUCGCCGACUGCACUCGAAGCUGGGUUAGUUUUAAGAUCCGAGACCGCCGGAACAUCAGACGCAUAGCUGUCGUCGCCGUUCCUGCACCUGUCGUUUCGCUCCAGUAGGUUUCCGCUAGCUGCUUGUCCAAGGUUUUCGUAGAGCUUCUUUUCUCAGGUCGAGUGAAUAGGUGAAGAGACAACAGCCAUGGCGAUUCCCGAUUCCCGGUUCUCGAUUGUCUUUCUCCUUCUUGCUUUUGAUGCUCUUCAUGAUGGCUUUGAGAACAACCCUUUUCUCGGCGUCACCUGCAGAAAGAUGAAGAUUUUCUCUCACCGGUUGAAUCGUCUGCUUCAAGGAGUUUGUUACUCCUUGUGCUUCAUGGAGUUUGUUACUCCUUGUGCUUCAUUUCCUGUAAACCUUUGCUCUGACAGUUAGCUUUUUGUAUCACCAGUAUCCUUGUCGUACCUAUGUGUCGCUUGGCUGGAUGGAGCCUGGAUAGACCGCAUGAGCUUGACCGUCGGUGUCGAUUCGGGUCUACAACUUGCUCUUUGUCGAGAUAGCUAAAGGUUUGUCCUGUUGAUGACCUCCUCCAGCGGUGUCCCGGGGUGGAAGCCAGCCACCGCCGUUGAAGCUGUUGGUGCCACUUAGGUGAGUUCAACGGAGCAUCCUUUCAGUCUAUACUCUUGAUCUGAAAGUUAGUCUAGCUAUGCAAGAAGUGCUUUGGUUUUAGGAGUCCUAAAUUGUUGUUUUUUUGUCCGAGAAUUCUAGUUAGUUUCAAGCUGUCCAUGUUUUUAGAAGUUUUGAGCUAACUUAUUAGAUUUUUAGGGGGUUUUUUGAAUUUUUUGCGGCCCUUAAAAAUCAGAUUGGCUUUUAAAACAAAUCUUGGUGCAACUAAUAUUGUAACCAAACCUUCAUUUCUAUAGAAUGAUAUUUACAAUUUAGCUAUAAAAAAAAACCCUAAACAUAUACAUUAUGUUUCUUUAAUAAUAUUUUUUCCUUAGAUAUAUCUUUACUUUUAAUAUAAAUUAACAUAAACAAACCAAACAAAACCCACAAUAGACCAUAGUUUGUCAUACAUAAAGCUUCAACAAUCCUAAGAUCAUCUCUGAUAGUGCAUCAUUCCGAGGGAAUACAUCAAAAAAGUAAAAGAAAAUAUUUUCUAAUAGUACAUCAUUUUAAAAGAAAAAUUAGGUUAUAAUAGUAUCCCUUAAGAUUUGAGGAAACACUAUUCACAACCUUAUUUCUACUACUGAACUUUUUAUUAACAAAUUGAUGCUUAAAUUUUUAUAUAGUUUUAUUUUAUAUCAAAAAGAUUAAAUAUUUGUGUUUUAUACUUUAUUGAAUUUAGUAAUACUUUCGCUAAUACAGUUAUAAUUAAAUAUAAAUCAUUGUUUAUUAUUAUAGAAACGAAAUUUAUGUAUAAAAUAAAGAUUUAGUUAAAAUAAAAAUUAUAGUUGGGUAAAAUUUGUAAGUUUCUAAAAAAUAGCAUUAUUAGAAUUAAUAAUUGCUAUUAAUAGUAGAAUUGGAGUAUUCUAUUUUGAGGGAAUAAAUGAAGGUAAUCAUUGGAAUAAAACUUAAACUGAGUUUACGUUAUUUUGAAGAAAUUUUUUAUGACAACCAUCGGAUAUGACACACCAUGUUUUCAGAACUGGGUCUAAAUGCAUAUAGGCUUGGGACUUUGAAAAAUUAUAUUAUUUAAUUCCAAGUAGAAAUAAUUAAGUAGCUUUAGUGGUGGUGCUAGUAGAUGUAUAGAUAAGAUCCGUUGUUCAAUUCUUCCCCAUGAUAAUAAAUUCUCAUGGUUUUGGGAAUAAAAUAAAUAAUUAGGUUUUAGGCCUUAUAAUUUUCAGACCGGUUUUGCCUGUUCUUACUAGUAUCUCGAGUUCCAAAAGAUCCAGACGCUUCAUCAGGCUUGGUAAUUACUAUAACAAAUCUUGAAAAUUCUCAAGGUUCUGGGGAUCAGAAAAAUAAUUAGGCUUUAAAGCAUGAUUAACCCAAAAUUCUUAAGAUGAGAUUCUUAGCGAAGUUAAGAAACUAUUUCUUAACUUUUAACUUAAAAAACUAAGAACCGGUUCUUAAAUAAAAACUUUAAAAACCGGUUUUAGUUUUUUAGUUAAAAAUUAAGUAACGGUUUAUUAACUUCCGCUAAGAACCUAAGAACCUCAGGUUAAUCAUGGUUUUAGGGCCUACAAAUUUCAGGCCGGUUUUGCAUGUUCUUACCGGUAUUUUGAAUUCCCAAAAAUCCAGACGCUUCUUCAGGCUUGGAAAUUACUAUUAACAGUUUAGUAGCCAUUUGUGAUGAGGCCCUUCAUAUACACAUACUGGCUAUUCAAGCGUUGGAUUACACAAAAGGUACAAGACUCCCUAUACGGUUUUGCAUCCACAAGACUCCAUACGCAUGUGACGGGAAAAAUGAACACAGUAAUAUAGGUGUACAAUGCAUGAUUGAAGUGACUUCAAAACACUUGCAAGGCUCCAAUUUUGUUGGCAAAUAAUAAACAACAUAAAAACAAACCCAAUUAUUAUACAACUCCAAAGGAGAAAAGUUCCAACUUCUGACAAGAAAGAAGUAUAUAUACAGUUAUCCAUUAUUUCACGUCCAUCAAAGAAAUAAUAACAUGUAUUAAGCAUGGCCGUACAAUAUUAUAUUCAAGACUCUCCGAUAAGGAAAAUAUAACGGCAUCUCCUUCGCUUUUUGAGCACCGACUAUGGACGUAGACUUUCAAAACUCCUUCAUUCUCGUCCUCCUAUGCCUCUUGUCACUUCUCUGUUACUCUCUCUACGUCAGGAAACCACAGAGGUUUGAUUUGCCUCCGAGCCCUCCCUCUCUCCCAAUCAUCGGUCAUCUUCAUCUUUUACUCUCUCUUCUUAUCCACAAGUCUUUCCAGAAACUCUCCUCCAAGCACGGACCACUCCUCUACCUCCGCAUCUUCAAUGUCCCCAUCGUCCUCGUCUCCUCAUCCUCAGUAGCCUCCGAGAUCUUCAAGACGCACGACCUGAACGUCUCGUUCCGUGGCCUCCCUCCGCUUGAUGAGUCACUCUUGUUCGGAUCCUCCACUUUCCUCAUGGCUCCCCAUGGAGAUUACUUGAAGUUUAUGAAGAAGCUCCUCGUCACAAACCUGCUCGGAUCUCAGGCACUCGAGCGGUCACGAUGCAUCCGUGCCGAUGAGCUAGAGCGGUUUUACGCUAACCUGCUUGGCAAGGCAAUGGAUAAGGAGAUGGUUGAUAUUGGCAAGGAAGCAAUGAAGGUCAGUAACAAGAUCAUUUUCAAGAUGCUCAUGGGAAGCAGAUAUUGUUUGGAGGAAGAUGGUGAGGCUGAGACAGCCAGGGGUCUAGUUAUCCAGUCAUUUGCCUUGUUUAAGAAGAUUUUCUUGGCAACAUUGCUUCACAGGCCGCUCAAGAAGUUCGGAAUCUCUUUGUUCAAGAAGGAUAUAUUGAGUGUCUCCGACAGGUUUGACAAGUUGCUAGAGAGGGUUCUAGUGAAACACCAAGAAGAGAAGCCGAGUGAGCAUCAAAGUGCAGACAUGAUGGACGUAUUGUUGGAAGCUUUUAGAGAUGAAAAUGCUGAGUAUAAGAUCACUAGGAACCAUAUUAAGACUUUUUUCAUUGAACUUUUCAUUGCAGGGACUGAUAGUAUGGGGCAAACUACACAAUGGGCAAUGGCUGAGCUGGUGAACAACCCCAACAUUCUUGAGAGACUGAGAAAAGAAAUUGAAUCAGUUGUAGGGAAAACAAGUUUGAUUCAAGAAACAGAUUUACCAAGCCUUCCUUAUCUGCAAGCAGUGGUCAAAGAAGUGCUUAGACUGCACCCACCAGCUCCACUCUUUGCAAGGACCUCCAGAGAGGAGUGUAGAAUCAGAGGCUUCUACAUACCGGAGAACACAACGCUUUUGGUUAAUGUUUAUGCUGUGAUGAGGGAUCCUGGUUCUUGGGAAGAUCCUGAUGAGUUUAGGCCGGAGAGGUUUCUAGCUUCUUUAGGAACCGGGGAAGAGGAUGAGAGAAGAGAGCAAGCACACAAGUACAUUCCUUUCGGGAGCGGAAGGAGAGGCUGUCCUGGAGCAAAUCUAGCAUACAUCUUUAUAGGAACUGCAGUUGGGAUGAUGGUCCAAUGCUUUGACUGGACAAUCAAAGGGGAUGAGGUUAAACUGGAAGAGGCUGCUGGAGAACUGAACCUGACUAUGGCUCAUCCCCUUAAAUGCACUCCUGUAGCUCGAACCAUAAAACCCUUUGGCUUCAAUCCUGCAGAGAGUACCUAGUUCGUAGGUUCUUGAUGAUGGGUUAAGAGUAACAAGGAAGCCUCUGGGUUGAGAUCUUAUGUUCAUCUUUUUUUCAGAGACCUUUGAGAAGAAAUGGUAUUAGAACAAGAAAGGUUUAUGUCUUUAUAUGUUUAACUUGAGUAGAUAAUAUGUUUUGCAUUCAAUUUAUCUUUCUGGUUCUUAAAUAAUAACAUCCAAAAUUCCAAAA